AUGAUCCAUACGAAAAACUGUUUUCUCUCUAGAGAAGAGGAAGAAAAGCUCGAAUGUAGCAACAAGAAGGUGAAGAAUGUCCGUCAUGCUGGCUUCCCUACAAGGCCGGAGGCAAGGCCUAGGUCCUCGGGGGUGGUGGAAAGUCCUAAGGUAGCGGAAGCUUCAUUCAAGGAUAAGCUUUUGGGGGAGAUACCAGGAGCAUAUAACCACGCGUUUGCCUUUGAUGAGAGCAUGGAUACAGAUAUAGACUCCGAUGAAGAGGUUGAAGAACUUAGAGAAGGGUUCACUGCAGUAAAGCUCUCCAAGGACGUUAAGCAUCGUAUUAGAGUAGCCUGGGCGAGUUCCUUUAUUGCCAAAGUUUAUGGUCGAGCCGUGGGCUUUAACUAUAUUCAAACAAAACUCACUGCGCUCUGGAAACCAACCGGCAGACUGGAUAUCAUUGAUCUUGGAAAGGAGUUUUUUCUCACGCAAUUCAGCUGCAAGGAGGAUCAUGAUAUGGUUCUUAGGAGAGGUCCAUGGUUCAUCGGGGAUCAUUUUCUCUCGAUACGGCCUUGGGAGCCCACUUUUAAGCCAUCAAUGGCGAGUGUGUCCACCAUUGCCGUGUGGAUCCGACUUAAUGAGCUUCCUAUUGAAUAUUAUGAAGUUGAGGUUCUCCAACAACUGGGAAACUCCAUUGGGAAGGUUUUGCAGAUAGAUACUCACACAGCAACAGAAACAAGGGGCCGCUUUGCGAGACUCUGCGUUCAGGUGGAUAUUGACAAGCCGUCAGUCACCACAAUCCUGGUUGGAGGGGAUGAACCCACACCCUCUGAGCAAGAGGACAAAUACGGUCCUUGGUUGGUGGUAUCCAAAAAACGACAGCGUAACAAGACCACGAGGGGAGCGCUUGAAGGGGGUACGUUUAGCCAUCUCAGAGUAAGUGGUGGUAUGGCAUGCCUCCAAGUGGGGCCAAGGGAGGUCAGUCCAACUGGCCAAGUUCAUUGGAACAAAACCUUCAUGACUACGGGCUCUAGGCCAGCAAACAAGGACGAUGGGCCAGUGAAUAUGGACUGUUCUUCUACAAGCCCAUCUCACAUUAAUAUGAUGAUUGUAGGCCAAUUUAAUAGUGGUACGUCCCUAUCCCUGGCCCAUAGCCCGUCGGUCAAGGGCAAAAAAGGCAUUGCACGUGGUAAGGCACCUUUAUCGUCUAAUGGUUCAGCCGCAAAUCUCACUGGUUCAGCCGCAAAUCUCACUAACAUUCAUAACCACAAUUCUACUCCUCUAUUACCGAAAAGCUACAGUGAUGGAGCAAGUCACAAUAGCGAGUUCACUUUCUUGGCAAAGAGCGACUUGGUGCAUCAAUCUGGAAGUUCAAGGAAGGGCCAACCAGUGGUGAUGUUCAAGAAGAUGGGAUGGAAUUUGAAGGAGCAAGAGGAGCCUUUACCUCCUGUUGACGAUUAUCCUCUUCCCCUCAUAUCUUUUAUCACGAAUAUCAUCGUUUGGAAUAGUAGGGGUGCCUUAAAACCCAGUUUUCAAAGUCAUAUUAGGGAGCUAGUUCGUGUUUAUGAUCUUGAUGUGUUUGUGGUUAUCAUGCCCUGGGUUAUUGCAGGGGAUUUUAAUGAGCCUCUUUUUAGUGCUAAUAAGUUAGGAGGAAGGGAUGUCAACAUUAGGAGAUCACUACUUCUAAAGGAUUGCCUGGACAUAUGUAAUAUGAUUGAUCUAGGGUUCUCAGGUUCAAGGUUUACUUGGACUAAUUGCAAAGAUGCUCCCAUUCUCAUCCAAGGGAGAAUAGAGAGAUUCUUCGUUAAUCCUGAUUGGUGCACUCUCUACCCUGAAGCUAAAGUUUCCCACUUAACCAGGUGCCAUUCGGAUCAUUGUUUGGUUCUUAUGGAAACCAGACCUUCUAAGUGGUCUAGACCAAUUGGGCCAUUCAAGUUUCAGAGUUUUUGGCUUUCAGACCCCUCCUUUCCCAGGGUUGUCCAGCAAGCUUGGAGUCAGGGCCAUCACCUUUAG